AUUAGAGUCUGCGUCAAAUACGAGUUUAUAUGCCAUUUCCAAUAUCAGCUGAUAUAGCAGUUUAUUGUAAGAGUGCUUGGUGCCAGUAGACGCAGACAACAUGACGGAACGUAGGGAGAGGCGACGUUAGAGAAGAGAAGCACGCAAACACGAAGAAGGCUCCAUAGGGAAGGAAUUAGUGAAGCACGCAGUAAAGAGUAUAUUCAUGCCUCAUCACGCAGUACCGGCCGCAGUUCAUGCCUUGGAGUAUGCGAAGCUUGGUACAAAAGUGGUUCAUCACUUCACAAAAUCUACAGAAAAUUUAAACGACAAGUCAGCUAUCCAUCCAGACGUGAGUGGUAGAUCUCUAAAUGUGUCUCCUACAUCUCUUAUGGGGGCUCCUUGUUUGGAUACGCUAUCAUCAUCGUCAAACUUACCAACAGCUACAGUCGGAAGCUGCGAUUCUCGGAGCAUGUAUGCACCAUCUACUGAUAGAACACCUAACUUGCCAUAUCCUGCUGAGUAUUCAUCAGAAUCAUAUUCUUUAACAGGAUACACUCCAUCUGCACCACCAUCUCCACAACCAAUGUAGCUAAUCUUCUAGAGAUCAGAUUAAAGUAAACGUUAAAGUAAAAUUUGUUUAUUGAAGUUUCAAUAUUUCAUUUUGCAAAUUAAUGUGGAAAUAAAAUCAGAGCAGAGAGGUCAACAUGAAUAACUGUUGUAUAAUUUGAUGGUAUUCGUAUUAUAUUUCAGCAUAAAUAUUUAUUUUUAAAAUAA